AGUGAGACUCUGUCUCUUAAAACAAAAAAGGAUUAGCUAGGUAGUAGGCAUAGCCCAGGGGGUAGAAAAGGCCAGGAGCUGGGGGAGAGCUGGGAUGUAAGGAGAAGAAAGGGACAGGGGAAUUUCUGGGGGCAGUGCUUCCUCUGACGGGAACCUUGGAUGGGCGUACACAGGGCAUGUGGUAUCUGGUUUGCAUGUUCUGUCCAAUGCCAUGGUUGUGGGUUACUAGAGACAGGAUGGCCAACAAGUAAGCUGGGCUGGCUGUCUUGACACAGUGUGGUCCUAGAGAGGACAAAUUUGUAGCCAGAGCAGGCUGGGGCCAGGAUUCCCAGCCUUUAGUGGCUCAUCAUUUCACCCAGUAUCCAGUGUGAGUCAGGACUCCUGGAUCCAUCUGUCCUGCUCUUCCCUAUCCCUGGUAUAGACUAUGGGUCUAUUACAGGUUACCCGUGUUAUUAGGUGAGUUUGAAGAAGGUAUAGCCCACCACUCACCAGUUCCAAGAUGAAUGGCCCCACUUGUCCUCUGUCAGUCCCUCCCUGUCCCCAACCCAUCUUCCCCUCCUGGCACAGCCCAGCAUGGCUGUUGUCUACAGGAGGAGAGCCCUUGUGAUCUGAGGAGAUGCCACUGCUUGGAGACUGUGGUCCUAACCUCCAGCCUGGCACUGAGCCACCUGCAACCUAAUAGGAGGUGACCUUGGGUCCCAGCCUGACUCAUCUGAGCCUGGAUCCUACCUAUAGGCAAGAGCUGACUCUGAGCCCUGACAAAGCCAAGCUGACCCCUACCCUAGUGCCUACACACCAGAUGGAGGUGAUCCUGAAUACCAGCCCAGCUGAGCUGACUCUGGAUCCAGCAUGCCAGCCAGAGUUGACCCUGAGAUCCAGCCUAAACAAGCUAACCCUGGAUCCAGCACACCACUCAGAGCUGACCCUGAGCACCCAGCUAGCUGAGCUGACACCGGAUUCCACAAGCCAAACAGAGAUGACCCUCCGUCCUGGCCUAGCUGAACUUAACCUUGAUCCUGAGGAGACCCCAAUCCCCAACCUGGCUGAGUUGACCCUGGAGCCUGUGCACUGCCGACCAGAGCUCUUGGACGCUUGUGCUGACCUCAUCAAUGAGCAGUGGCCCCGUAGCCGUGCCUCCCGCCUGCACUCCCUGGGCCAGUCCUCAGAGGCCUUCCCUCUCUGCCUGAUGCUGCUGAGCCCUUGCCCCGCACAUGAAGCAGCACCCAUUGUGGUAGGCCAUGCCCGCCUGUCACGGGUGCUAGGCAGGCCCCAGAGCCUUUUAGUGGAGACAGUGGUGGUGGCCCGGGCCCUAAGGGGCCGUGGCUUUGGCCGCCGCCUCAUGGAGGGCCUAGAGGUCUUUGCUCAGGCCCGUGGCUUCCAUAAGCUACAUCUUACCACCCAUGACCAGAUGCACUUCUAUGCUCACCUGGGCUACCAGCUGGGUGAGCCUGUGCAGGGCCUGGUCUUCACUAGUCGACAUCUGCCCACCACCCUGCUUAGUGCCUUCCCCAGGGCCCCUUCUCCCUGGCUACCCUGCAGGGCCCCAAACUUGACUGCCCAAGUUGCCCCAAUGGACCCCAAGGGACCUCCAUUACCACCACCCCCUCCCCUGCCUGAGCCCCUGACCACCUCACUCCCAACUCCAUCAGGCAACCCUCGAAAAAGCCUGCUGGUGACAAAAUACCAAAACCUGAGGGGAUGCCCCAUCUUCUGGAUGGAGAAAGACAUCUGAGGGCCACCCAGGGCAAAGGACUGUGCUGCUCUGUGUCAGUGGACUUUGUGGGACAGAACUGGCCUCAGCCCACUGGUGAUACCUUGGUCUCUAGCUCCUGGGGGCAACUUUAGCCUGGGUUUGUUUUAUGGGUACCAGUGGGGGUCAAGGAGGUGGCUCCAUAGCUCUGGCUUAGAGGCAUCAGUGUGGCUGAAUAAAGGCUUCU